AUCUUGGAUGUCAGCAGGUCGUAAUGUGACGAGAAAAAGCUGCGCAACGAACGAUGGCGGUGUCUCAACCGAGGGUAGAGAAAGACAGCGAGGACUGCUCUCUUUUGCCUUUAGUUCACGAUGUUAUCAAAUGCAUGGACAAGGACAAGGAUGGCCAGGAUGUUCAUCAAGAGCUGAUGAAGCUGAAAACAAAGAUCCAGAAAGCUAGGGAGCAAAUCUCCAACAUGCCUGGGAUAGACAGCAGCCCACAGGAGCAGCAGCAGCAGCUGGCCACUCUGAGAGAGCAGGUGCGCACCAAGAACCAACUGCUUCAGAAAUACAAAAGCCUAUGCAUGUUUGAUGUCCCCAAAGCAUCAUAACACUAGUUGGGUUGGACUGGACUUUAGUAACUGGAGGGAAAAACAAAUUGAAACUCAUGCUGGUCAAGGACAUGGGACACACGGGACUUUUUUUUUUUUUUCCUGCACUGCACGACAAUUUUGAGGGUCAUUAGUUAUAUUAUUAUUUUUGGAUGUGUUUGAUUCUGUAGAUUUUGUUUGGAUUUUCCCAUCUUGUUUUUUUUUUUUUUUGUAUUAAAACAAUUUUGAAAACCUUAUCUAGACGUUGUUAUUAAAUACUACCACUUAUGAGUUACGGUGUUUAUUUUGAACAAAUCCACUGAUGACACAAAAUUAAAGUGCCUAAAUGUUAA